AUCCAUGCUGGUAAACUGCUUAAGGAUGAAGUAUGCCUCGAAUCCGUAUUCAGAGACUCUACCGGCGUCCAAACCAUACAUUUGGUCUGCAGAGGUCCGAAAGCCACGCAGCCGCCGCAAACUACCUCCACUCCAUCUAAUCAGGAUACCAACUCGGAUAACCUCAGUGACAUCACGCCUGAGGAUAUGGCUGAGUAUCAGCGGGGCUACUACGAGUACUUGCAACAGUUCUACAUGAACAGCAGCGAUUAUUGCCCAGUGACAAACCCAUCUUCUGUUCCGUUCGUGAAUUUUCCGUUUCAGAAUCCCUGGGCUCCGGCACCCGUUGGCGGUUACAUUGGAGCUCAAAACCCAUGGCAAUAUCCUCCGGCUGUACUACCACCGGUUUCCCAAACUGAGGUAGAGAUAGCACCCCCGAACCGUGACAAUCUUCCCGCUGCCGCUGAGGGUAACCAGUGGUUCCGUGGUGCCCGUGCUUUCUUGGCUGACCUAGGCGUUGUCAACGCUGAUGGAGUGGACGGAGCUGCUCCCGCGGGUGGUAACCAAGGGGCGUUGCAACAACAGCAACAAGCGAUGGUAGUAGGUAACCCUAUGGCCGGUGGUUUCAUGGGUGCCGAGGAAAUGGGAGAAAAUGCCGGCAACAUGGAUAUCGUCGACAGAUUUUAUAUGCUUUUCCGUCUGUGCCUUUUUAUCGGCCUCUGUUUCGCCUACUCGUCACUGGACAAAGCCAUUAUUGUGUUCUCUGUGGCCGCCUACGUAUAUUUCUACAACAUUUACCGCCGUCACGCGGCGGUGCGCCAGGCUGCCGCUCAAGCGCAACAGGCUCUUCAACCCGUCCCUCAAGGAGAACCGCAGCCAACGGAUCGUCCGCAAGCGCAGUCUGUUGAAGACUCUGGAGUUGGGGACACUACGGAUGCUGAUCAGCAAGUUCGACUACGACCCAUAACAAGUGAAAACCAAUCGGCACCAGCUGGUAACACUGAACCUGUGCAGGCUGACCGACAACCUCCGUUCGUCCGACUUACAGGCACCCUGCGUCUGGUUGCCAAUACCUCCUAUCAGUUCGUCUCCUCGUUGCUCACCUCACUGAUACCCGAACAACCACCACCAAUACGUCUGGACUAGAAGCAACCGGUUUAAGUAACACCGCACUCUUGGUCUCAAAGAGCUCUCUCACACACCUGCUGCUGUUCACAUUAUUUUUACUAUUUCCGUCACCGAUUCGGUAUUUUCGCCCAAUCCUUUGAGAGGGAGAUUCUGAUUUUGUUCUACAACCGGCAGGUUUGGUUAAAUGUGAUAGUAGUACAAUCCUCCUUCCACAUCGUUUGUUUCUGCUACACGUGGUAGGUGGCCCAAACUACCAAUCAUUUGUGCAAUGUGAUCCUGCUUAACUAGCUACGUAAUGCACUUGUUCUACAGUAUCAUUCUGCGUUAUCUCUAUAAAGUCAUGAGACAGAUAAAGCGCGGUUAAAUUUGAAAAACAAAUCACUUCAUUUUUAGAGCUACCUCUGUUUGCAGACAUGUGGAGCAAUUCACAAACAAAAUUUUUUGGGCCUUGAAUGCUUUUCUGUCGGGUUCGGUAUCCAACCAUGUUGAAGAUGCCCUGGUUGCCACGGUCGAGUUUAUACGGUCUUUCGCACUGCCAUUUUGUCAUGGGUCGGCGAAUCCUCCGUGGGUUUUCACUUUGGGUUCACGGCGUGAACGAAGUUGUCCGAGAAGCGAUUAGCAAUGCUCUGCUGAUCCUCUGCCUCCAGCGUAUCAACAACCCUAUGGAGUGCUUUUCUGUUGGUGGAAACGGGAGAAACUAAUCAGUGAGAGAGAAAUACUAUACAAGAGUGUCAUUUUGAUCAUGACUUGACCAGAUUUAUUUCUCUG